AUGCCGCAGAGGGCGUUCUCACCUCCUCAACCCUCCCCCUCUCCCGCCGCUACGCAAGCCGGUUUUGCGCUUCCUCCUAAUAAACGACCGCGUCUUUCACCUGGCGCAACCCCACAACCCGAAUCUCCUUACUCUACUUCACCUUACGCGGCAAGCCCGGGCGCUCCGGUGACACCUUCCACGGCUGCGACGUCCGCCGGUUCUCCCAUCUACCCCAACGCGGCGCAACAGCAACAACAGCAGCAGCAGCAACCUGUGACACCAGGCUAUGCGACACCAUACGCGAACGGCACCACCACCUCAGCUCUUGCUUUGCCGGACACCCGACCGACCCCUCCUCCGCAAGUUUCUACCCCUCAACCGCCGGCGCCACCUACCCUCCCUCAAUACACCACGGCGACUUUGGCACUCGGCACCAACACACCAGGCACGCCAGUCAUGCAGCAACCGUCGACCCCCGGAGCUAUGGGUCCACCCUCCAGACCCCCCGACCGACCGCAAAAGGAGUACGAAUACGACGUGACCGACUCAUUGGCCGGUACUGGCAUCGACCUGCGCGCCGAAGAGCAGUUUCUCUCUGAACUCUACGUCCCUGAGUCGAGAACCGGCUAUCCUCCUUACCCCCCAGGCAAUAAGGGUAGCUUUUAUGGUGCAGGUCCAGCAAACCAGCCUGCUCAGCAGGCUGGCACUGAUUCUCAGAAUCAACUGGUGGCACAAGCGGCGGAGAAAGCUUGGCAGGAGUCCGCGAAGCGUCUGGCUCAGACUAGGACUAUGGAGCUUAACAACGCGUUUCUGCAAGUACCCGUCGUCUUCCGAAAGGCGGAGAAGUUUGCCAAGGACCAGGGUCUAUCGCUUAACCUAGAGGUUAAGAACAGCAACCAGCCGAUGGGUCGGAUGCGCCUGCCAGAGGAGUUUCCGGCGCCUAAUGUGACCGUUAGCACUAAGAGCGGGCCCGACUCUACCGUGGUGACGACUUCGGGGACAUGGAUUCCUCAGGAGGCUUUCUUGGUGGACCAGUUGGCUCUGCUUUCCCUCGCCACCAAGCAGCGACUUAGGACCCUCAUGGAGGACUCGAAUCGGAUUGCUCGGAUUCGACAAGCAUCGUCCCAUGGCGAGGUCCCCGAGGAGUGGCAGACGGCAGCGGCUCCGCUGAAGAGCAUCCCGGAAACGCAGGGAGAGGACGUGACACAGCAAACAGCAACUGAAGACGGCGCUAGCCCCCGCACAAGCGCUCAGAAGCGCCCUCUUGAAAACGCUUCCUCCAGCCAGCCCAGCAAGGUGCAGAAGGUCGCAGCCACGAAUACAAUGAGCCACACUGUUCGAGAAGUGGGCAAGGCUGAACGAGAAUGGGAAGAGAGACGGUUGCGGAAGCGCAAUGCCCGCAAAGAUGGAACUACCGAGGCCGCGUCAACGCCAUCCCGCGCCGGCUCGGUUGCGCCUGGUACCCCCGGUGGUUCAGCGCCAGAUUCGGAAAAGUCCAUCUCGAAGAAGGAGCAGAAGAAACUCGAUGCUGUUAAAAAGGCAGAGGCUAGCAGCCACGCCAAUCAGAACAUCACGAGUAGCAUGUUCGUUGGCAUGCCCAAGACGGGAUCACUAUUCGGAAAGAAGAAGGGCGGCAAGUCGUACUCGUGGAUGACGGGCGGCGCCAGUGGUGCUAGCACACCGAGAAUGGGCACGCCCGGAAAGCCGGGUGGCGCAGCCGCUCCGGGGCCCCCGGCGCCGGUGAACCACGCCCUGACAGUCGAGGGGAGGGCACGGCUCGGCAGUUGGCGCGAAGACAAGGAAAAGGGCAAGAACAUCCAAUUGCGAGACUGGGUGGCGGCCCUAGAGGGUGACGAGAUUGAGUUGCGAGCUAUGCAGGCGGCAUACGACAAGCUGGACACAUCGGACCCCAAGUAA